CUAGGGUUGAAGGGUCCCCAUGCCGUGUAGGAUUCUUAAACAAGUGGGUCUCCCCUACCUCCAUUAACGCCCCUUACUUACCCACUCUCACUGUUCCUAAAUCUUCAUUUCAUCUCUCAAACCAUUUUAAUCUCAAUUCAAACACACACACACACAAAAUAUAUAUUUUAAAACCCAAAUGGCCUCGUCAUCUAUUGAGCACAACAAGAACUUGCAAGGUGUUGAAGAAGAAGAAGAUGAGGUCGAUCAAAUCCAAUCUGAUCCGUUGAUUGGGGACCCCGCUUUGUACUCAAUCUCAGCCGUUGAUGGGGUGGUGUCCCCGUUGGCUGUGGUUCCGGUUCCUAAACAAGAGCCGCCGGAGAAUGAAGUGGGCCGGUCUCUGGUUGUUCCGGUUCAGGAAAGAACCGUGGCGGCACAGACUUCGAGGAGGGUUUCGAAGGACAGGCACACGAAAGUCGAGGGUCGUGGCCGGAGAAUCCGCAUGCCGGCGACGUGUGCGGCCAGAAUAUUUCAGUUGACGAGAGAGCUGGGUCAUAAGUCCGAUGGUGAAACGAUAAGGUGGUUACUUGAACGGGCUGAACCGGAGAUAAUCAAAGCCACCGGAACUGGUACUAUUCCGGCGAUUGCGGUGAACGUGAACGGGACGUUGAAAAUUCCGACCACUUCCCCGGCGACUGAGGGUGAUGCGAAGAAGAGGAAACGCCCGUGCAAUUCCGAGUUUAUUGAUGUUAGUGAAGAAAACGGUUCGGUUUCGAUUGCCUCGAGUUUUGCCCCGGUGGCUCCGAUUAUGCCUGCGAUGUGGGGGCCCACUGGGGUGGUGGGGUCCAGUGGGUUUCCUGGCGGGGCCUUCUUUAUGGUUCCACCAGGGAUGGGUGGUGGGCUCAAUCAGGCUCAAUUGUGGGCUUUCCCAGCUGGGGCAACGCCUGUUUUUAAUGUAACAGGACGGCCCGUAUCGGACUAUGUUUCGAUGCAGCCAGUGGCGAUGAUGUCGGAGUCUGCUUCGUGUUCGACAAUGGCGGCGGGUUCGAUGGAGAUUUAUGACAAGAGGGAGCUUCAGUUUAUGGCUGGCUGUUCAACUUCUAGUGCUGAUGAAAAACAACCCUCUUCUGAUUCUUAGUUUUAUUACCAGUGUUACUUGUGUUUUUAGCGUUCGUGUUAGGGUUUUAGAUGUAUGAUGAGGUCAUGAGGAGGUUUGUUUAGUGUUCUGGUCUGUCUCUGUCAAUGUAAGGGAAGGUUUACUAGUUAUGAUGAUGUGAUGAUAUUUGAUGAGAAUCAUGUAUUGAACGGAAUUUGCAACA